AGUCGUCGUUUUAACAAAAAGUACAAAGACACUGCUGACAGCUGUCCAGUGUCAAAACAUUGCGCUCGAAAUUUGUGUCAAAGUUUCGACGAAUUAAGCAUCCUUCCACGAUGUAUUUGGCUUUUCUUUUUACCAUCUUCGUCCAAGUUGUCGCUGGAGAAAGCGGGGCAGUCGUUCUGAUGCAAAAGGGUCAUGAAUCUGCGGUAGAAAUACGGGGUCGGUUUGCCCAUAUCGGUGGCGCUGUGUCUGUAGUGGGAGACAUUCGAAUGCUCCCUAGGAACUGCACCAAGUCCACCCAACCUCUCAGUGGAAUUACUGUUGUCAAGGAGGAGUGGAUUGGACUCAUAUAUCUACCGUCAGUAGAAGAAACUAUCAAGGAACAAACCAGCUCCAAGCCCACUACAUGCUCACUGUUGGAUCAGGUCAAGAAUGCAAUGCUGUUUGGUGCCUCUGCCCUGAUAGUCCUGGCCAUGAAUCCAGCUCUGCUGAAAGAGUUGGAUGUCCAGCAGCUCUUCAAACAACCAGUUGUUAUUAUUCAAGAAGCCGUGGGCAUAUCCAAGGUGCAGAAAGCAGUGCAAGGAAAAUCAGCAGUUAGUGUCAAGAUAAGCGAGGUCACCAAACCACAGUCCUUCUACUGGAGUACAGCCAGGCUGACUCUCUGGUCUACAUGUGGUCGGUCAAACGGAGGGACGUACAAGGAAUGGGAAGGCGUCGUGUGCCUGGGAUCGGGGCACGGACAUUCAAAAAUUUUUCCAAGCUUUUGGACAACUCUAUUAUCAGUAAUCGGCACGGUGUGUUUAGUUUUUGUUCUACAUGGAAAGUGGAUCACAUGGGGAGAACGAGAAUUCAGUGAAGAUGUGGAGAGUUGCUUACAGCGACUUGCCAAAUCUUCCCUCUCCAAGAUGCCAGCUAGGAAAUACAAAAGGAAACGCUAUGUGCUAAGCAGGGACAAGGAAUGCUGUGCUAUCUGCUUAGAAGAGUUUAUACCUGGGAAGAUGAUUCGCAUUUUGCCCUGUUAUCAUCAGUUCCACUGCAAGUGUGUUGAUUUCUGGCUGAUUAACAAACGCACCUGCCCACUCUGCAAGAUGAACAUCGUUGAUCGGCUCACAAAGGCCAGCACUGGGAGUCUUAGACUAUGACCAAAUAUGUCGAAAUGGGUGAGAAUUUCCUUCGAUAAAACCAAGACAUUGUAUUUACAAAAAAAAUCAUUCAUGUAGAAUUUAGUUUGACUUAUUACUACUGAAGGCAUUAACUUUGGGCCUGUUAAUAAGCUGUUAGUAAGAAAGGAGUUGUAUUGUGUUUUUUUUUCUCAUAAUGGGUACAUAGUAUAAUCCAUUUUCUUUAGUCAGUGGCUUUUUAGUCAUAGAUUAACAAAGACAUCUUGUGUUGCUGACGGGCGCAACCCAGUAUUGAAGUUCAUUCCAAAAUGAACACAGUGUUUUGGAAAUUGUCCAAAUUUAUCAGAACACAAACAAUCUAAUGAGUGCAAUACAAAGACAGUGGGACAUGUUUUAGCUAUAAAUACAUGCAUUUAUUUUCUCUAACAUCCUUUUGUUUUAAACAGCAUCUAUAUCAGUUUCUUUUUGCGUGAUUUCUUCUUAGACUUUACAAUUCUGGAACACGAUUGGCUGGCUGUACACCUUACAUCCAAGUAUUUUAAUCUACUGUACAGGUUUUUUUUGUAAAUUUUAUCUAAUAUACAAUGUACAUUGUUAACAAUAUUAUUUAUUUAUUAAAGUUUACAGACUUAUAAUUAUAAGGUGAAAGAAAUAUUAAGAAUGUAUCUUAAUCCAUUGGCAUCAUUCAACUUCAGGUUGAGGAUGUGGCUUUUAUUUACAUGUUUAAACGGAAACAGUUUGAAAUCAUUUUACAAAUUUCCCCAAAUGUUUAAACAAGGACCUAACAACGUGAUCUGUUGUCGCCUUCCAGUUUUAUUUUACCGUAAAACUAACCAUGCUUGCAAACAUAUGUAAUUUACAAAGCAUGAUAAGAAGCAUUGUCAGUACUUGAUCACAUCCUGGGAAUUUUUUUUUUUUUUUUAAAGAUAUUCAAUAUUUUGAAAUAAAACAUAAGAUAUGCAACUUGAAAAUGACAAAAAAGGAGGGAAUUGCAAACUUUAAAAGACUC